AGCAGCCCACCACGGGUGACAUCAGCCACACCUGUACCCAGCAGCCCACCAUGGCGUGUUAUGACAGAGGUCACCAGGCCUGAGUCCACAAUACCGGCUGGAAGAUCUUUGGCAGACAUCACCUCAAGUGCAAAGGAAGACACUAGCCCAGCGGUCAUCUCCACCCAUCCACAGAGGUCAUUUCCGAGUCCAGCCUAUCAGGUCACAGAUCAGACAGCAGGGAACUUGAUCCUAGAUAUUCCUGCUUUUCAAGCUGACAGUGAAUUCCAGAAAGCCUGUGACAUCCUCCAGAGACUGAGAAACUCCCCUCCAACAUCUCCUACUCCAGCUCAGGUCAGCGUGGCCAACUUACUCAUUGACCUGAGUGAGCAGCUGAUGAUGAUCCCAUUUCAGCAAAAUGACAGUCGGAACCUCAAAACUCCGGCAGUUGUCUGCCCCCUUCAGCCUCUUGGAAGUACAAUAACAACCAAGAAAGGAAGUCAGCAGAUUCUUCAGCAAGACACUGAGCUUGCUGAGGUUGCAGACAUGCUGGAGAUGUCCUUGAUGGCCCUGGGAGAGAUCCACAAAGCAUUUUGCCAGCAGAGCCUGUCUCCUGAGUCGGCAGUGACCUUGACCUCUCCUGAUGCUGCUCUGCUGUUGAGCAGCCAAAAUGUAUCAUCUUUGCCUCUGAGCACUUAUACUCUGGGUGACCCCGCACCCUUGAGGUUAGGUUUUCCAUCAGCAGAAGCGCUGAAAGAGCUCUUGAAUAAACACCCGGGAGUGAACCUUCAGGUAACAGGUCUGGCUUUCAACCCUUUUGAGACUUCAGAUGACAAGAACAUUGUUGGAAGCAUUGGAAAUGUAUUACUGAGCUCUGGUUAUCACUCGCUCCAAGUCCAUGAUUUAAUAGAAGAUAUUGAGAUCGUGCUCUGGAGAAAUGCCAGCAUGGAGACCCAGCCCACCAACCUCAACACAAGUACAGACCGUUUCACAGUCACAGUGAAUAUCACCUCUGUGGAGAAAACCCUCAUUGUGACCAUCGAGCCGGAAAGUCCCCUGCUAAUGACACUCUACCUGGGCUUCCAGGACGAGCCUGACCACACUCACUUCUACCUGAACGUCAGCCUUCCCAGGGACCAGGUGUGGCAGAAAGAUGAGGAGUACACAUGGGUGCUGACACCAGAGAGCCUGCAGUACGGGACUGGCACUUACUACAUCAUGGCUGUGGUAAAUAAAAGUACAGAGGCCAUGCAGUGCACACCUAUCCUGGUCUCAGUGGUAACGGCUGUCACCCAGUGCUAUUUCUGGGACCAAAACAACAGGACAUGGAAGAGCGAUGGAUGCCAAGCAGGCCCGCAGAGCACCAUUUGGAAGACGCAGUGUCUCUGUAAUCACCUGACCUUCUUCAGCAGUGACUUCUUCAUCCUGCCCAGGACGGUGGAUGUGGAAAACACCAUCAAACUGCUGCUUCGUGUGACCAACAACCCCGUUGGGGUGUCAUUGCUGGCCAGCCUUUUAGGAUUCUAUAGCCUCUUAGUCACGUGGGCUUGGAGGAAGGAUCGAGCAGACAUGCAGAAGGUGAAGGUGACUGUCCUGGCUGACAACGACCCCAGCUCUGCAUUUCACUACCUUAUCCAGGUCUACACUGGGUAUCGAAGGAGGGCUGCUACAACAGCCCAGGUUGUUAUCACCCUCUAUGGCUCGGAGGGGCACAGCGAGCCCCACCACCUUUGCGACCCGCAGAAGGCCGUCUUCGAGCGUGGAGCCCUGGAUGUUUUCCUGCUCUCCACUGGGUCCUGGCUGGGGGACCUGCAUGGCCUUCGACUCUGGCAUGACAAUUCCGGCGACAACCCUUCUUGGUAUGUAAGCCAAGUGAUCGUCAGUGAUAUGACUGUGAAGAAGAAAUGGCAUUUCCAGUGCAACUGUUGGCUGGCCGUGGACUUGGGCAACUGCGAGCGUGACAGGGUCUUCACACCAGCCUCCAGGAAGGAGCUCUCUUCCUUCAGACACCUGUUCUCCUCCACGAUCAUAGAAAAGUUCACUCAGGACUAUCUGUGGCUCUCAGUUGCAACUAGACAUCCCUGGAACCAGUUUACAAGAGUCCAGCGGCUCUCUUGCUGUAUGACACUUCUUCUCUGUGACAUGGUCAUCAAUGUUAUGUUCUGGAAGAUGGGUGGUACCACUGCCAAGAGGGGUCCAUUUGCUGUGACCUGGUCAGAGAUACUCAUCAGCGUCCAGACUGCCAUCAUCCUCUUCCCUAUCCAUCUUGUCUUUGGGCGGCUCUUCCAGUUGAUUCACCCACCAGAACCUCUGCCCCGACUUCCUCCCACCCAGGCUGCCUACCCCUUGGGUCUUGCUUAUGAAUCUCCCUCCCCCACACAGGUGGUCACGGAAUUAAAGGAAACUGUGGGAUUCCUGCUCAGGAGAAACACACAUCUGCUCUCAGAGUGUGAACAGUCUUCGUGGAGUUCUUGUGACAUUAACAAGCUGGUGACGCUUUUCUCCAGCCUCAUUUAUUCUCACUUAGAAGACCAAGGCCGUCACCAGCAGACAGAAUCCCGAUGGGAAGACGUGGUUUCUGAAAGCCACCACCAUUUCUGCCGCUACCUGCUCCAAGUUCUACAGAGACUGAAAUCGCACCUAAGUGAGCUCAGUGCUGCCCCUGUUCACCAGCCCUGUGACUUCUCAGAAGCAGUUAGCCAACUUCAAAAGCUCCAGGAAUUCCUGGAGACACAACUUCUUCCCAGGGAGCGAGGGCCCUGCAGGCAGUCAACCAGUUUCCCCAUCCUAAGCCCAGAAGAAAGGAAGACGCCCGUGUCCUUUGGCCUGUUCAAAUGGUUGAAGUACAUUUGCUGGCUCCUCCUAGGUGUCAUUAGCCUGGCUUCGGCUUUUUUUGUAACACUUUAUAGCUUGGAGUUGAACAAAGACCAAGCCACCAGCUGGGUUAUUUCAAUGAUGCUCUCCGUGCUUCAAGACAUCUUUGUCAGCCAGCCACUAAAGGUGACGUUCCUCACAUUCCUGUUCUCACUGACGGCGAACCAGAUGCCAUGGCUCAACAGAGACAAGGAACAACAUGCCAAGAGAAUCGUAGCACUGUGGGCAAAGUGUUCUUCAUCAGCACCUGGUUUGAGAGAUAAGAACAAUCCCAUCUAUACUGCCCCAGCCAUGACCAGCUCGGCCAAGCACCCAAAGACAGCCUGGAAGAAGCAGCUCUUCAAGCUGACUGGUGGUCCUCUGGUCCAGAUCCUCUUUCUGAGCCUGCUGAUGGCUACCGUCUACUCUGCAAGGGACUCCAGUCAGUUUUUCCUCCAUCAAGCUAUCUGGAAGAGGUUUUCUCACCGUCUCUCAGAAAUCAAACUUCUGGAAGAUUUCUACCCAUGGGCCAACCACACCCUCCUUCCUAGCCUAUAUGGGGAUUACAGAGGAUUUAUUACUGAUGGAAACUCCUUUCUUCUGGGCAAUGUUUUGCUUCGCCAGAUUCGCAUCCCUAAUGACACACUCCUCCCGGUAUCUCUCCAUGAACAAGUGACCUCACAUCCCCAGCAUCAGGAGGACAGAGAGAACUACGGGGUUGGCUGGGGCUCCCCUGAUACAAACAUCACAGAAACAGACAGUAUUUGGCAUUAUCAGAAUCAGGAGUCACUGGGAGGCUAUCCCACCCAAGGGGAAUUUGCCACUUACUCAGGAGGAGGAUACAUUGUAAGACUUGGAAGAAACUCCAGUGCCGCAGCCAGAGUCCUGCAGCAUCUGGAGCAGAGGCGCUGGCUGGAUCACUGCACGAAAGCCCUCUUGGUGGAACUCACGGUCUUCAAUGCUAAUGUGAAUCUGCUCUGUGCGGUGACCCUCCUUUUGGAAUCCAACAGUGUGGGGACUUUCUUCACCUCUCUACGACUCGACUUGACUUCCCUCCGGUCAUCAGAAAGGGGCUUUGCUUGGAUUAUCUCACAAGUCACCUACUACCUUCUCGUCUGUUACUAUGCCUUCAAACAGGGCUGUCGGCUGAAACGGCAGGGGUGGGGGUUCCUCACUAGGAAAAGAAACCUUCUGGACACAAGCAUAAUCCUCAUUAGCUUCAGCAUCUUGGGGCUCAACAUGCAGCGCCGUUCUCUCCUUCAUGAAAACAUGCUGCAAUACCGCCGUGACCGGGACAGGUUCAUCAGCUUCUCCGAGGCACUGAAGGUGAACGCCGCUGUCACUCACCUCAUGGGCUUCCUGGUUCUGUUGGUAACUGUGCAGCUGUGGGACCUACUGCGACAGAAUGCCCAGUUGCAGGUCAUCAGCAAGACACUGAACAAGGCCUGGGAUGAGGUGGUGGGCUUCCUCCUGAUCAUCAUCAUCCUGCUGAGCAGCUACGCCAUGACUUUCAACCUGCUGUUCGGAUGGAGUAUCUCUGACUACCAGAGUUUCUUCAGCUCCACAGUGACUGUUGUUGGCCUCUUGACAGGAAUUUCUAACCACAAGGAGGUUAUCGCUCUCUACCCGGUCCUCGGCUCCUUUCUGGUCCUCACUAGUAUCAUCUUGAUGGGACUUGUGAUCAUUAAUCUUUUUGUUUCUGCCAUUCUCAUUGUCUUUGGAAAAGAAAGGAAGGCCCUUGAGAAAGAAGCUACACUGACAGAUAUGUUACUACAAAAGCUCUCAAGUUUGUUAGGAAUCCGAAAGCACCAGAAUCCUGCCUCUGAGAAGCCUGCUGACAACACUGGGUAUUGACAUCUGUGUCUUAAUCUCAUUAUUGCCUAGCCUAGCUUACAUUUUACUGUAUUAUUGAUAAUACUUUACAUUUCAUGACAGAAGUGUAACACUUGGUGUUAGUGGAGAAUCAAAAUCCCAUCGUCUCCAUAACCUUGCUGAUGGACUUCAGCAGUGUAAUAAGGAGAAUGAUACGCUAAGUACAUAGC